GUGAGCUAUUUGCAUAUCACAAGAAUUCCAGUUUAGAUGUAGACAUGACUAGUUUUGAUUUCCUUCCUGAUUUUCAAAAAAGGGAAGUUGAAACUUCACCAUCCAUUUUGGAGUGUGUUAUCCUCACUUAGGACAUUGUUAUACAGUAGCCUACACAUAUGCGUGGUCUUUGUUAUUUUUUCCUCUCCAUCCUGACCCAAGUGUCUUCCAGCACCCUCAAAGUCAUUGGCUUCUUUGGGCACAAUGUCACUUUGCCCUGUAGGUAUGACAGCCAAACUCAUGGUGUCCUGAGUUUCUGUUGGGGACGAGGGAGGGUGCCCAGGUCCCAGUGCUCCAGCACCAUCCUCUCCUCACAGGAUGGGGCUGGGCCUUUCAGGCAGUCCCCUAGGUACCAGCUGCUGGGCAGGGUGACAGACGGAGAUGUGUCGCUGACCAUCCUGGAUGCUCAGUGGAGUGAUGCCGGUGUGUACGGCUGCAGGAUCGAGAUCCCCGGGUGGUUUAAUGACAAAAAGGUCAACACACACCUGGUCAUGGAGGAUGACAUAUUGACAACAUUCGUGACUAACAAUGUAGAAGUUGGUGAAAUAAUUGGAAUCGCAACAACGGAGGAAAAAUUCAAAGCCUUCCUGGAAGUGGGGAACAUUGGCAGGAUGGCAGCUAUUUUCUUCUUCAUCAUAAUCAUAAGCCUCGUCUUUGUUUUCCGGAGGAGAUUUCUGCCGAAGAGGACACUUCAACAUCUCAACACCUCAACUGCUGAGAACAUUUAUGAAGUAUUAUGAAGUGGCCCCUAGUUUCGGAUGGGAUGGUCAACAAAGAAGUCUAUAAGAAACUGCUCGCUGAAUGUGUCAUGUGCUGACUCUAUCCACCUCCUCAGCUUUAGAGGCAAACCUUUUGAACCCAUUUCCACAGUAAGCAGCUUACAGGAUCCUUCUAUUCUCAGAUAGCUCAGAAAAAGGCAAAUGUGUGCCAUAUGUGGCUGCAAAAAUAUCCUGCAGAAUAAUUAAUAUGUGAUUUGUCAGUUUUUCAUGACAAAAUUGAUCUCACAGCCCUGAAAAGCAUAUAGGUGGUUUAUACUUGUGGGCACAAUGCCACCUAUUGGACUUAAUGCAUUAUUAUCAAAAUAUUGGUGAAGAUUCCACCAUGAAUAUACUGUACACUCAAUCAAAUGUCUAUUCCUACUCUGUUUUGAAGAAAGUUGGAUCUAAUAUCUGAAUUGUAUAUUAUUUGUUAAAAUAUUUGCAAAUCCACAAUCCAUGCUGUUCUCAAUCCUAACUCUCAGGUCCAAAUAAAUUGUAUUGGGGUUCAUUUUAUGCUGAAAUUGAUCGAUGGCUCAAUUUCACAGUAAGAUUUCUCUGUGAGGUGAAAGAAAUUUGGUUUCUUCAACCUCGUAAGAUUUUUAUGUAAUACCAGGAGUCACUCUAAAAACUCAAAUGUUUUUUUUAAUGUAAAACAAGAUCACAUUAUAUCUGUUUGUCUUCAAAUGACAUCAUCACUAAGGUCCAUCUCUCUGCAGAAGACGUACAAGAUGAAGCCAUGUUUGGAAAACAAGAAUUUUCUUUUAGGGUGAUCUUGUCCUUUUGGUUUGGCAAAUUGUGUCCUUGUAUUCAUCAAGACAGCCCAAAAUAAAAAUGAGCUUUAAAAAUAAAAA